CUUACCUCUACUCUUGAACUGCUGCCUUAUGUCACAACUGUCCAGACAGGGAUAAGGAAAGAUUCAAGAUUCCACAAAAGGUCCCCUAGUUGUACUAACUGGUUGCAACAGACAGGAAUGUGACUCACCAUGAGCAAAAAUUAUGCUGCCACUGGGAGUGGCAAUGGCUUUAUAUCCCAUUGCUCCAGAAGCCCUGUCAUCAAGCUCAACAGUCAACUUGACACCAUCAGUCCUGAGGAGAAGAGAGCUGAGCAAAAGAAAAAGAAAUGAAAACAUCUUCUUCUCCCCACUAAGUCUCUCAGCUGCUUUUGGGAUGGUUGUCCUCGGAGCCAGGGGCAACACACUCGAACAGAUUGAGAAGGUGGGUUUCCUUUGCUCUGAAGAGGGGAUGGUGGUAUUUCAUUUCAGUGAAGUUUUAAGCAGUACAAGCCAGGGAAAUAGAUACCCUUCUGAGAAGUGCGAAGAAGCUGGAGGAGUCCAUUCCCAGUUCCAGACUCUGUUGACUGCAGUCAAUGAACCCAGACCAGGCUGCUCUCUCACCAUUGCCAACAGGCUUUUUGGAGAAAUCACUUAUCCGUUCUUCCAGCAAUACUUGGAUUCCACAAAGAAAUUCUAUCGAGCAGAACUGGAACCAGUUAAUUUUAAAUACACUGAAGAAGAAGCCAGAGAGAAGAUUAACUUCUGGGUGGAAAAUGAGACAAAAGGUAAAAUCAAAGACCUAUUUUCUGCUGGGUUUAUUGAUCCCUCUACUGUGCUGGUCCUGGUCAAUGCUAUAUAUUUUAAAGGAAAGUGGGCAGUAGAAUUUAAGAAAGAAGACACUAAGGAAACAUAUUUCCAACUGAACAAGAAUGAGAGAAGGACAGUGCAGAUGAUGUUUCAAGAAGGUUAUUUUAACAUGGCCAUCAUAGAGGAACUGAAAAUGAAAGUGAUAGAGCUCCCAUACUUUAAUAAUGAUCUGAGCAUGUUCAUUCUUCUUCCUGAAGUUGUCUGUGAGGACUUUACUGGCCUAGAACAGCUUGAAUGCACCCUCACGUAUGAAAAGCUAGCAGGAUGGACCAGCUCGGCUAGGAUGCAAAAGCUGAGAGUGAAGGUGUACCUGCCUCAGUUCAAGAUGGAGGAAAGUUAUGUUCUCAACAAAACUCUCCAGGAGAUGGGAGUGAUGAAUGUUUUUGACUGGGGAAAAGCUGAUUUGUCAGGAAUCUCUACGAAAGAUGGUUUGGUUGUGUCCAAGGCCAUUCAGAAGUCAUUUGUGGAAGUCAAUGAAGAGGGCACGGAAGCAGUUGGUGCCAUGGGGCUUGUUGCAGUACCUCUGUGUCGCCCAAUUUCUUAUGAGUUCAAAGCUGACCAUCCAUUCCUCUUCUUCAUCAGACACAACCCAACCAACACUAUUCUCUUCUUUGGAAGAUAUUCCUCCCCUUAA